CAACCCUAUCAUUUUUCUUGGCCCUCUGAAUGUCCAUUUUCUCCCAUCUUCUUGUUAGACCUCAAUACCGUAUUCUCAUAAAUUCCAAUCUUUUUAUGCCCUUUUCCAUAAAUUCAUCCACAGGUGCUGCCCUGCUUUUGCCAUGCUUUAUCCUCAUUUCUCAACGUGGAGUUUCUAAACCAGGAGUUCAAACGGUCCAAGAGGAGGGAGCAGAUAUCCUUCAAAAUCUGAGAUUUCAUUUUUCCUAGGUCCGUAUGGAAAUUUACGCGGCGACCGUCUCUGCCCACCAUUUCUCCGUCUCUUUUAGGCGUCCACUGACAAAAGCCCAUCUCUCAGGCAACUCUAGAAGGCCAUACCCAUUUAUCACUUUUCCAUCCUCAGACUCUUUCACGAGAGACGCAUGGAGGGUGAUAAAUUUCAAGAACCAGGUGAAUUUUAGGAGGAGGACUGUUAUUAGGGCGGAAAUGUUUGGCCAGCUCACUACCGGACUUGAAGCUGCUUGGAAUAAGCUCAAAGGAGAAGAGGCGUUGACUAAGGAAAAUAUUGCCGAACCCAUGAAAGACAUCAGGAGGGCUCUUUUGGAAGCAGAUGUUAGUCUCCCAGUCAUGAGAAGGUUUGUAGCAUCUGUUAGUGAAAAAGCUGUCGGUACAACCUUGAUUCGUGGAGUGCGACCUGAUCAGCAAUUGGUCAAAAUUGUACACGAGGAGCUUGUGAAGUUGAUGGGUGGAGAGGUUUCUGAUCUGGUUUUUACAAAAUCUGGCCCCUCUGUAAUUUUACUAGCUGGCUUACAAGGUGUGGGAAAGACAACUGUUAGUGCAAAGUUAGCUUAUUAUCUUAAAAAACAGGGAAAGAGUUGCAUGCUAAUUGCUGGAGAUGUGUAUAGACCUGCUGCAAUUGAUCAACUCACUAUUUUGGGGGAACAGGUUGGUGUUCCUAUUUAUACAGCAGGAACUGACACCAAACCUGCAGAUAUAGCUCGAGAAGGUUUAGCAGAGGCAGAAAGAAAGAAAAUCGAUGUGGUCAUAAUGGAUACAGCUGGAAGGCUUCAGAUAGAUAAGGAGAUGAUGAACGAAUUAAAGCAAGUGAAACAAGUACUGAACCCCACAGAAGUAUUGCUUGUUGUGGAUGCAAUGACUGGCCAAGAAGCAGCUGCAUUGGUCUCUUCUUUCAAUAUUGAAGUUGGAAUUACUGGUGCCAUUUUGACAAAGCUAGAUGGGGAUUCUAGAGGUGGAGCAGCUUUGUGUAUAAAAGAGGUUUCAGGGAAACCGAUCAAACUUGUGGGAAGGGGUGAGCGCAUAGAAGACCUCGAACCUUUCUAUCCCAACAGAAUGGCUGGACGAAUCUUAGGGAUGGGAGAUGUUCUAUCAUUUGUGGAGAAGGCCCAAGAAGUUAUGCAGAAGGAAGAAGCUGAGGAGUUGCAGAAAAAGAUUAUGAAUUCUAAAUUUGACUUCAAUGACUUCCUGAAGCACACCCGUGCAAUUGCUCAGAUGGGUUCCAUGGCUCGGGUAAUAGGAAUGGUUCCCGGCAUGUCUAAGAUAACUCCUGCCCAGAUUCGAGAGGCAGAAAAGAGAUUUAAGAUAAUGGAAUCAGUGAUAGAAGCAAUGACCCCUGAGGAGAGGGAGAACCCAGAGUUAGUGGCCAGCUCUGCGGUGAAGAGAAAACGAAUUGCUCGAGACUGUAGAAAGACUGAGCAGCAGGUGAGCCAACUUAUUUCUCAGUUUUUUCAAGCACGUGCACAAAUGAAGAAUCUGAUGGGUGCAGUUGGGGAUGCGUCUCUUCCUAAACUUGAAGAGGCAAUGAAAAUGGGACAACAGGCCUCUCGUGGAAGGAAGCAGAAAUCGAAGUCAAGGAAGCUGUUUAUUAACUCGGCUUCUUCAACAAGACCAAGUGCUCGCGGUUUUGGGGCCAAAUAAGGAAUUGUUGAAUACACCCUUUCCAGCAACAGGUGAGGAGCUCAUCUUAUUUGCCGGUGUGGUUGGUUGUUCAAUGAUAUUAUCCCAAGUUACUCGUUAAUGAGUAUUCAUUGUGGAAGUACGGGAAAUACCAUACAUUCGACUGUAUCAUAUACAGAGUUUAUUGCCUUCGAAAUAGAUGAGAUUAAUCAUCUAAAUUAACAUUAGGAAAGUAAAUCACUGCAAAUCAUUUAGUGUACUCCCUCCAUCUCAAUUUAAUCUUUUUAGGUUCUUUCUAUGAUCUUUGGAUAACUCAUGUUU